CGCUGACGAGAAGGAAAUAUGGCAACAGAGAGACGGAUGUCAGCCAGAAUUCACCAUCCUCUAAUUGAGACAACCACCACGACUAUCAUUUGAACAUGGAAUUAAGAAUAGGCGCAUGCAGGGAGAGAAUACGGCGCGCCAAGCUUAUUCGAGAGAAGGAGAAAAGCCUUGGAAUCUCGCACAGCAUCUCCGCUACAGACUGACACCGCGUUUACCAUUUAGAAAAACACAAUUUAGAGGCAGUGUUUAAUAUUGCAGCGUAUUAUCUGAGUUAAUUAUACAGAAUUCUCCAAACGGCUCAUAGAAAGUUAAAAUAUCGAUAUUCACCUCAUCAUCCCCUUGAAGAGAAGACAAGAAAAUGAGGACUCCGCUCCAAGUUGACCUCCACUGCAGCCAUCUGCCAGUCAGAAAUGUAUUCCUUUGAUGACUUCGGUGAGCAGAGUAUCUGCCAGGCACGGGCGUCCGUCAUGGUGUACGAUGACGCCAGUAAGAAGUGGGUGCCCAUCAAGCCAGGCCAGCAAGGCUUCAGCAGAAUCAACAUCUACCACAACACGGCCAACAACACCUUCAGAGUGGUGGGGGUCAAGCUGCAGGACCAGCAGGUGGUGAUCAACUACUCCAUCGUGAAGGGUCUGAAGUACAACCAGGCCACGCCCACCUUCCACCAGUGGCGUGACGCCCGCCAGGUCUACGGCCUCAACUUCGCCAGCAAGGAGGAGGCCUCCACCUUCUCCAAUGCCAUGCUGUUCGCUCUCAACGUCCUCAGCUCUCCUGACGCCACAGGUCCAGCUGUGUCCCGGCAAAAUGGCCCCUCCAUCGAUGACCCUGACAGCCAGAGAAGGCAGAUGAUGGAGCAACAUCAGAUGCAGGCGCACAAAGAGAGGGAGAGACGGACCUCAGGUUCAGGUCCUCCGGUUUCAUCCGGCCACCCUUCCUCUUUGCCGUUUGUGCCCCCCCCAGUCGCCCCCCCUGCCCCGGCUCCCAUGGCUGGACCACCAGCCCCUCCUCCCCCACCAGGCCCCCCACCCCCGGGCCCCCCUCCCCCAGUUACAGUGCCCCCACCCAUGCCUCCACCUCUGCCAAUUGGCGGGGGCCCGGGGGGGCCGGGAGGGCCUGGAAAGGAGCAGCAGCCCUCGGGUCUAGCAGCAGCCCUGGCUGGAGCCAAGCUACGGAAAGUCCAGAGGGAUGAGAGUAGUCCUCCAGGGUCGGGCGCAGUCAAAAACGACGCCAACCGUUCAAGUGGUGGCAGUGGAGGAGGGGGUGAGGGGCUCAUGCAGGAGAUGAACGCCCUGCUAGCACGCAGACGGAAAGCUUCUGAGAAACCUGAAGAGGAUGACAACAAUGCCAGAGGCCCUCAGAAUUCCACGGAUGCUGUGAGGAAACCGUGGGAGAGAUCUAACUCUGCAGACAAGUCUUCUCUGGUCUCAAGGGUGAGGCCAGUCGGUAGCUCCAGUGAAGCUGACACUGAGUUUGACAGGAUGAAACAGGAAAUCUUGGAUGAAGUUGUACGUGAAUUGCAUAAAGUGAAGGAUGAGAUCAUAAAUGCCAUCAGACAAGAAGUCGGUAGAAUCAGCACAACAUAAUCUCUCAGAACGAUGGAGGAGGAGGUGGAGAGCAGGAGGAGGGGCAGGAGCAGAAGAGGAAGUGAGGGAUGAGGAGGAUGUAAGAUGAGGGUCAAAGGUAGCAGAUGGGGCAGAGCUGAAGAGAGGAAUGUCGCCUCAACAUUUCUGUGAAGUCGUAUGUGAACAUUGACUGUGACGCCGUAGAAAUGCUGUGCCGACAUUCGAAGAGGGGAGCGGUGGAAGACAAAAGAAGAAGAGAAGCGAGAGAGGGAAUUAUAAACUGAAGGGAGGAUGUACAGUGUGGAUGGACAGACGGAUGGAUAGAUUGAUAGACGGCAGGAGGGACCGACGCUGGUGCGGAGUUUGGGUGUAUGUUCCUCUCUGUGCAUCAAGAGACUCAGUCAGCCAGGUGUUGCACUCCACUAUCCUCUAUCCGUUCUAAGUCUUAAAAGAAAAUAUUUUGGUUUUCUAAGUUUUUACCGUUUUAUUAUUUAAAGAACAACUGUGACGAUGACGACCGUGGAUUACUUUAUCCUCAUGAAUAUUACUGAGGGAGAGAAACUUGCACACCAUUUCCAUCAGCCUUUUUCUAUGAUGUCUGAUUUCCUGAACCCUGGGUGUACGAUAAUGAUGAGCACACUGCGGCCAUGAGCUGACCUGCAGCUUCCACUAACCCCAAACGGGCAUCUUAAAGCACUUUAAGAUCCAUCUGCUUUAUCCAUCUGCCUGUUAGCCAUGUCACAAGCGCUGGAACUAUGGUGACAUAGUGAUAUAUGGGUGACAGUUCAUGAAAUGGAGCCGUACCUGUGCACAGACCACCUGACCCCGUCUAGCUGUUAAACUACAUAGUCCCUCUCUAGACUCUAUUCUUUGUGAACCUCUCAAGUAUGCAUGAUGCUAAUCUCUAUCUGAAUUUGUUUUUAAUUGGUUAUAAAAAAAGGUGGUACGUUUACCCCAGUGGUUUGUUUAUGUGGAUAUUUCCCUUUCUAUUUAAAGAUUGAAAUUGAAUUUGGUACUGUAUGUGAAAAUAUUGAAAAAGUGUUGCUUUUGCAACAAUGAAAUACUAAAUAAAUCAAUGGUUGUGUGAAGAUGAAAA